AUGAUGUCUCGCAGUUGCUCGCAGUGCGGAAACAACGGCCACAACUCGCGUACAUGCGGGGAGAGUCCAGGUGGUGGAGAUCACAACUGUAGUACUCCUACUGGUAUUAUGCUGUUUGGAGUAAGAGUCACCGAAGGAGCUGCUUCUUUUAGAAAAAGUGUAAGCAUGAACAAUCUCUCCCAGUACGAACACCAUCAUGAGGAACCCAACGCCGAUGUCGCCGCCGGUUAUGAAUCCGACGACGUCGUUCACGCCUCUGGCAGAAGCCGCGAGCGCAAAAGAGGGGUUCCAUGGACAGAGGAAGAGCACAAGCUUUUCUUGUUGGGUUUGCAGAAAGUAGGGAAAGGAGAUUGGAGAGGAAUUUCAAGAAACUUUGUCAAGACACGCACCCCUACGCAGGUUGCUAGUCAUGCUCAAAAGUACUUUCUCCGCAGAAAUAACCAGAAUCGCCGACGACGAAGAUCUAGUCUCUUUGAUAUCACCACUGAUACGUUCAUGAGUGAUGGUUCAUCAAUGGAAGAAGAUCAAGUCCAUCAAGAAACUGCAACUUUUGUAUUGCCACAGCUACAGCCACAGUCUCGGUUGAACAACAACAGGCCUGGAGGCCUUCCGAUGUCAACUUUUCCAGUAACUUUAAUUAAUCCUGUAACAUCAUCACCACUCAGCGGUGACAACCCAAUGGAGAAGCUCACAUUAGGACCGACAAACUUAGAUAAAAAAUCCCCCAAGCUCAUUCGUCCACUACCAGUUAUUCCAAUUACUCCAUCAUCAAAAUUGGCUGAUCUUAACUUGAACCAGAAAAGUCCCAAAGACCAAUUGCCAGCUCUAUCACUCAAGCUCUCUACUCCAUCCUCGGAGGAGCAGUCAACUCCUGCAUCGACACAUUCAUCAGCAUUUCAGGCUAUUUCGAGAGUUAUCAGUAGAAAUUCAAAAACCAGUGGAAAGGAGAAAAGGAUGACAUGUUGGAAUUCAGCGACGAUCCUUGCAGUAUUGGCGCUGCUUUCCUCCAUUAACGCCUUGGAGUUGGAUCACACGACUGCAAAUGGAGGCGUAGGGCGUAGGGUAUUACUUAGUUUGAAAGAAACACCUCACGGCAGUAACCUCACUUUCGAUUGCUCUCCUUCUGGUCCUUGUGUUCCCUGCACCUACUCCGAGAAGAGUGAUGAAAAAUAUCGAUGCAGCGAGACUGGCUAUCGCAUCCCUUUCAAAUGUGUUGAAAUUAAUCUUGAUACAAAGAAUGAAAAGGGGAAGCAGCAUUCACAAAAUGGUCGAUCUGCUGUUGAAGUCUCUGACAACGCAAAUCCUCAUGUAAUGUUGCAAGAUACUGCCUCAAACAAGGGUAGAACCUUACUGGAUGAUACGUCUACAGCCAAUAGUGGAUCACAGACUUAUAUUACUUACAGAAGCUGUAUAUCACCUAAUGUAGAGAGGUUGUCGGUACUUGGUUUUGAGGGGAUUAUUCUGUGUUUGUUAAUUGCAAGUGGUUCGUUUGUGUACGUCCGAAGAAAGCAGACUUCCAUGGCAGCAAGGGCUGGAGCUGGAGGAGGGAGGAUCCAGAUGAACAGAUUUUGA